AUGAAAUAUUCAUAUAAGCCUUCACACUUGAAUGAAUCAAGAGGACACAAUCAUAUGGUUUUGAUGAAUUUGUAAUACUUACUCAGCCGAACAUUAUUUGCAAUAAUUUGUGGAAUUGUAUCAGGGAUUCUAGGUCUCAAUGGAGUGUCAGGCUUUCUUAUGUUUUUGGCGUAUGGCUGCCUUGGUAGUUUUUUCUUUCUGAUCAAGAUAGGAAAAGGCUAUCUGAGCUACUAUCCUUCGUUUGGAACCAUAUUUAGAACAUGGCUUAGCGGCUUUAUGGAAUACCUACUGAGCUGGAUGUAAGAAGUAUUUAGCGUUUUUUAUAAUAUAAUUUACGUCCUCUCUUAA